CAUCGAAACAUGAAAAUUCUUGGCGCAAUGUAUGAACUGUCAGUUCAGUGUUUGUAUACAAAGAAGCGUCAGCUGGUUGGAUUUUUAGCUCUGUCCUAAUACUUCUGAAAAUGGCACUUAUCUAGAUUAUUUCGAAGGAAUGUAUGUGCAGGUGGAAGUUGGAUCUCCAAGGCAGAGUUUGCAGAGGGAAUGGAGUGCAAAAGUGUGCAAGCGGAGCCAGAAUAUGCCUCUAUUUUGGCACAUCUGAACAAGUCCAACAAAGUGUGGAAUCUGUUGAAUGAGGCGCUUGAAAAAUGGCCAAAAUUCCACCCGAAACUUUCAGCCCUUUUGCCACUUUCUCAGGGGAAAGGACAAACUAUGGACCCUGCAAAGAUCUGCAGCAAGCAUCGUGAUGCGGUCGUUAGCAACCUCAGAUUCCUACACGUGUAUUAUGGCUUUGGAGCGCACACAUUUGCAAUGGCAGUUAACAUCUUGGACCGAUUCCUCUGCAAAAUUAAGGCACAUGUGAAGUAUCUACCAUGUAUCGCAACUACCUGUUACUACAUUGCCGUGAAAACAAUGGAAGAAAGUGAGGAUAUUCCUUGUAUUUCGGAACUCCUAAUGUACAACCAGUGUAACUGCACAGUGUCCGACCUUGUCCGUAUGGAACGCCUCAUUCUGAACAAACUAAACUGGGACCUGUGUUCCGUCACUGCGACACACUUCCUCGAAUAUUUCUGUGCAAUACUACAGCGACAAUUUCCUAAUAUGGAAGUCCUCAAUAUUGAGAAGCUAACCAUUCAAAUGGAUAUUUUAAUGUGCCACAUGACCUUCUCAGAAUUCUCGCCUGCUGGACUUGCCCUCGCCCUGUUAGCUCAUGCCCUCCAAGAGAGUAUGCCUAAAGAUGUGAUGGACGUAAUUAACUUUAUUUUUGAUCUACAGACACAUUGCAAGGUAACAGACUGUGAGUUUGUGCAGUGUCGUGAUAUGAUUCUAGAAUAUUCCGUCCUCCAUUACACGCAGUCAAAGCAGCAGCCACGUCCGCAGCUAAUCUGGACCGUGUCCCGCAAAAUGUUAAUGCUGCUGAAUCCGAGUAAGAAAGUCUAUACAGUGCUGUCACCUAUUGAGGAGUCAGAUGACAGUGCAGAUGAUGCAGAUGUCUCGGACUCAGAAUCUUCAGAUGAUAACUGCAGCAAUUCCCUAGAAGGUUCACCGAACGAUCCCAACCUUUCGUCAGGAAAAUUCUAUUUCUACACUACACCAGUGAAACACUCAGGAAAUAGUGACAGUCCGACCACAGUGCCAUCUGUGCCAGUCCGUUCCACAAAUUCUUGCAUGCCCAUAAUUGAAUGUGGAAGUGCCACCGAUCAGUGUCCAAUAAUUGACAAGUGCCUGGAGACGAAUCUGAAUUUUAAAAAUCUCAAAAUCUGCUCACAUGGUACCAGCUAGUACAAUUUUACAAAUAUUUUAGUUCAGUUUUUAAUAUGUGAAGGGCAGGUAUUAUUGUUUUUAAUAAAAGAGUGAGAAUUUGUGCAUAUAGUGUUAAGGUAGCUAAAGUGUUUUCGCUCUAAUGGCACCUGGCUGCACUUCAAUACCGAUAACUGCAGUUCACGUAAUUGCAAUGGUGGUGUGAAUUCAAUGACCUAACCUGGACUGCAGUUAACGAUCUUGAUUGUGUGAAAAAGCACAAAUUUCAAUGUUUAUCCAAUAACUGAAUUUAUGUAUGCAGUGAUCGUAUGAUAUUAAAAUAUUUGAAUUUUAUAUUGUGAAUGUGAAGAGAUACCAGUACUACGCUGAUUAUAGGCUUAUGAAAUCCAGAAAUCGUAGGAUGACAACACUGAGCUGAACGCUUGGA